GCGGCGGUGGGAGCCGGGCCGGGACGGGGCAGGCUCGGCGCGGCCAUGGAGAUCGGCACCGAGAUCAGCCGCAAGAUCCGGGGUGCUAUAAAAGGAAAGUUACAGGAGCUGGGGGCUUAUGUUGAUGAAGAGCUCCCUGAUUAUAUUAUGGUUAUGGUGGCCAAUAAGAAGAGUCAAGAGCAGAUGACAGAAGACCUUUCCCUUUUCCUUGGAAACAAUACUGUCAGGUUUACUGUCUGGCUCCAUGGUGUUUUGGAUAAGCUGCGAUCUGUGACUACUGAACCAACCAGCCUAAAAUCUUCAGAAUCUAAUGUCUUUGAGAGCAACCUGCCUUCCAGCAAAAGCAGUUCAUGUGUGAGCGAUGAGAGGAGGCGUGAGGAUAUCUUGCCACCUCUUGCGGUGUCAAGCACUCGGACUGAAAGAAAUGACUCCAGAGUUUCAACCAGCUCACAGGAGCAGAGGAACACUGCUUCCAGGCAGUCUUGUGAAGUUGGUUCUGCAUCCUGUUUAACAUCUACUGUCAAGCCUUUGAGGGAAUUGUCACCUUCUGAGGCUGUAAUUGACAUUAAACCUGAACCAGAUGAUCUAAUUGAUGAAGACCUAAACUUCGUGCCGGAGAAUCCUUUGUCGCGGAAGAAACCCAUUGUGACUGUAACUUACGGUUCCUCUCGUCCCUCGGCCGAGAUCUACCGGCCACCAGCUGUCAGGAGUGCAGAGGCCAGCGUUCACGUGUCCAGAUUGUCACAACAGGGCAGCUUGCAGGGGAGCCGCCAGUUAGACACACAAGGCUGCAGGUCUUUGGAAAAAGGCCAGCUGUGCAAUCCAGAAGCAUUUGGCAGCUUAACAGAAGGUCACAGACCCACCUCCAAACUCGGUGCUGAUAAAGUGGCCAGUGAGGAGGAAAGCUCCAGGAAGAGACGGCUGCCCGUUGUAAGCUCGGUAGUCAAAGUGAAAAAGUUCUGUAAUGAUGGAGAAGAUGAAGAGGAAGAGGAAGACUAUGGAUUGCGAACAGGAAGCAUCUCCAGCAGUGUGUCUGUACCUGCAAAGCCAGAAAGAAGACCUUCAUUGCCGCCUUCAAAGCAGGCCAAUAAGAAUUUAAUACUGAAAGCAAUCUCUGAAGCACAGGAAUCAGUUACAAAAACAACCAAUUAUUCCACUGUUCCACAGAAACAAACUGUUCCAGUUGCACCAAGAACUCGAAUUAGCCCAGAAGAGUCACAGUUAGAAGUCAUUCAUUUGCAAAGCAGAUUGCCUGUUCUGAGUUCUCAACUUCAAGUAGAAGAGUCAAAGGAGCAGACAGUUGAAGAAAUUCAAGGAAUUGAACAAAAGGAGCUCUCUUGUCGGCUUCAGAUUGAUCCUAUGAUUGAAGAUGUCUUGCAAGUGACUCAGGAUUACUGUGAUCCAGAGUCUUUGGUCCACUCAGACACUCGGUCCUUUAUCCUGAAGAAGCCCAAGUUAUCAGAGGAGAUGGCGCCGCAGAAUCAGCAGUUGGGAAAGAAGGGUACAGAGGCAGUGCGAGUUCACUCAGGACGUCUGAUACAGACACGAGACCAGCUUGCACAGCCAGAGAAACCUGCUAGUCCCAAGUUCAUUGUGACACUGGAUGGUGUGCCCAGUCCACCAGGAUACCUCUCUGAUCAGGAUGAGGAAGACAUGUGUCUAAUGGAAGGAUUAAAACCAGUUACCCAGCAUAUGUGUGCUGGCAAAGGAUUGAAAGGUCUUCGAGCACAGCAGAUGCAACUUGUAACCAGGCAGCUGGAGAACUGUGACGUGGAAAUAGAAGACUUAAGUAUGCUACAAAAACAGGAGAAGGUGCUGGAGCGCUGCAAGUACUGGCCUGCCUGUAAAAAUGGAGAUGAAUGUGUGUACCAUCAUCCCACACUACCUUGCAAAGUUUUUCCUAACUGCAAGUUUGCUGAUAAAUGUCUGUUCAUCCAUCCAAACUGUAAAUACGAUGCAAAGUGCACUAAGCCAGACUGUCCUUACACUCAUGCCAGUCGACGAAUCCCGCAUCCAUCUCCUAAACCAGCACCCCUGCCCACACUAUCCAUACCUUCCAGUAGUCUGCUGUGCAAGUUUUUUCCAGCUUGUAAGAAAAUGGAGUGUCCAUUUUACCACCCAAAACAUUGUAGGUUUAAUACACAGUGUACUAGACCAGACUGCACUUUCUACCAUCCCACUGUUGCUGUACCUCCACGCCAUGCCUUGAAAUGGACUCGAACUCAAGCCAGCAAGAGGGAUUAUCUGACACACUCCAUAAUGAAAUAACAAAUCUGAACAGACAACUGCAUUUUAAGCUUAAAGAACUACAGUAAAAUAUUUUUAUAAGGUGACCUGACAGGGGGCUGGAGAGAAGAGGAGAGGAGAGGAUGCACUCUGGUGUUGCACAGAGCACUGCUGGAAUGAGUUUCCAGAGGAAAGACUGCAAAGAACAUUAUUUUUCUACAGAAUUUCCCCGUGCCUUCAUUAGCUGUCCCUUGCAGAAAUAGCUGCCACUAUGAAGCUAUUUUCCAUGUGAGAUGAGGAGACAAGAAUUUGUAAGGGCAGCAGAAGACCGGGACCAUCUCCAUUGCUGCAUUUCCACUGCUGUGCUGGGCUGUCACCAAUUGCAGUGUUCAGCAUGAGAAAAGCUAUUACUCUACUACAAACGGUAACAAACCAAGCUACAAAGCUAAAACUGCAUUUUUUUUAAAAAAGGGAAAUGGUUCUAAUGCAUUUAGUUAGUUUGUUACAUUUUCAAGUUAUCAUUUUGGGCUUGAGUGUAUUCUAAUAUGGAAUUUUACAUUUAAAAUGCCUUAGCUUGCUUCACAAAUCAGUAAUGCAGCUUCUCCAUUACUUUAUUCUGUAUACCUACAAUUGAACUGAAAAGCAGAAAUUAAGCUAAUUACCAUAAACUGCUAAGAAAAAAAAAAAAAAAAAACCAAGCUAUUUUGCACCUGAAAUCACAACAUCAGGGUACAUAGUAGCAAGAAAAGGAAAAACAGACCAGAAAUGUGUAAAGUACUACCCAGCAGCACCAAUAUCUCACAAAAAUACAAGAAACCAUUUUUAGUUCAUGCAGUGUGUGUCUGUGUUCAUGCCUGGAGUUCCUUUAGAAGGAUAUUUACUGGAUUCCAAAAUAAUACAGUGUGACACAUAUUCUGGGUGCAACUGAUGGUUGAAAAAAUCAUGAUCAUGGUGUUAUGGCUGUACCACUUCCAGCUCCAUUGCAUGGAAAGAUCCACCCCCCACCUCCUCAGUCUCAAGAAUUUACAAUUAAGUUAAUAGAAAAUUAAUUUUCGCAACAGCAUGCUUGGGAUUGGCUUUGGUCAUUACAAAUGACCACAGUAACAGCAAAUCUGUGGUUAAAGUUGGCCCUCUCAGCCACUACAUUGGAAAAAUAAACUUCUUUGGUGGCUGGGAGGAGGGAGUUGGGACAGAG